GCGCCGCAGCCUGCCGGCCAGCCCCCAACCCGCAGGCGAACGAGCGCGCGGCCAGGCCGGAGCCCCCAGCGCUCGCCGCCCGGGCGGCUCCCUCCGGCCAUGGGGGCGUCCGCGCGGCUGCUGCGCGCGGUGAUCAUGGGGGCGCCGGGCUCGGGCAAGGGCACCGUGUCGUCGCGCAUCACCAAGCACUUCGCGCUGAAGCACCUCUCCAGCGGGGACCUGCUCCGAGACAACAUGCUUCGGGGCACAGAAAUUGGUGUGUUAGCCAAGACUUUCAUUGACCAAGGGAAGCUCAUCCCAGAUGAUGUCAUGACUCGGCUGGCCCUUCAUGAGCUAAGAAACCUCACCCAGUAUAGCUGGCUAUUGGAUGGUUUUCCAAGGACACUUCCACAGGCAGAAGCCCUGGAUAGAGCUUAUCAGAUAGACACAGUGAUUAAUCUGAACGUGCCCUUUGAGGUCAUUAAGCAGCGUCUCACUGCUCGUUGGAUUCAUCCAGCCAGCGGCCGAGUCUACAACAUCGAAUUCAACCCCCCCAAAGCUGUGGGCAUUGAUGACCUGACCGGGGAGCCUCUCAUUCAGCGUGAUGAUGACAAGCCAGAGACCGUUGUCAAGAGGCUGAAGGCUUAUGAAGUCCAAACACAGCCGGUCCUGGAAUAUUACCAGAACCUCAUUUGCACCAGCUUCAGCAAAGGGGAAUUUCUUCUAACUACAAAGUCCAAAGGUAGAUCCUGGAUCCAGGUUUUCAGACAGCGUCCUAGGCCUCAGUCACGCUCAGCUCCUUUUCCGUGCUGGCUUCAGUCUCAGGAAAAAGGGGGUAUUGGAAACCUUCUCUGGAACAGAAACCGACAAGAUCUGGCCCUAUGUCUAUGCUUUCCUACAAACAAAAGUUCCACAAAUAAACCAGAAAGCAUCAGUUACUCCAUGAGGAAAAGUGCAUAUAACCAGUGAGAUGAGCAGAGACUCCUCGCCUGUGCGUUUAGAAGCUCCUUGUUCUGAGACUGGCAUGAAUGAAUUCUUCGACAGUUAUAGUCGUUUCACUUCUACAGAUUUUAUUCUGGAAACUAAGGAUGUGUCAAAUGAGUCCGAUACAAAGAUUCAUCUUUUUGUCUAAGUGGGUUUUACCCAGGUAUCUUCUAUGGGUGUGCAAUUAAAAAACAAUCAGAUAUCUUAACUUUUGAAAAAUGUUCUAAAGCAUAAUUAAAAGAGCAGUUGGUAGUAAUAUAACUUUUGUUCAGAGAAAACAUUGGUUGAUAAAAAUUUUCUAAUUUUUCUGGAAAAGCUAAAAAGAAAAAAUUCCAUGUCACUUGGUAAAGUAUCUCAUUAGAGAAAUGUGUGUAGACUCUUGCCAAAAAAACCGGCACUGUCAGUGCUUGUGCUACAUGGUUUUGUGAGAAACUACGUCUAUCAAAUUCUAGAAAACAAGCAACUAGAUAUGCAGAUUAGUUUCAGGGUGCAAAUUCACUGCUGCCUUUACACUAAGAAACUUAUAAGCUUAGCCGUAUAUACUGUAUUUAUUGUGUAAAACAGACCUUCAGUUUACUCAGAAUUUUCAGUCUGCUAUAAAAUUGUGUUAAAUCCGCAUAUAGGAAAAUACUCAGGUUAAGAAAUAUGUGCUUUAGGAUCUACUUGCCAGUUUCUCUUUUUGAUCACUAUGUAAGGUCUGCUGUGAUGAGUAACAAAGUCCAAAAAGAAAAGAAAACCUAUGGCCCUAAGUAAAGUAAGCAUACUUGGUCGUCAGGAAGUAGAAAUGGAUCAGGUAUGCUUGGGGAGAAUUCCCCUGACACACGCAACAAUCAUAAUUAGUAAACUAAUCAAAUAAGUAGCAGUUAAAAGGAUUUACGUGAAAGGUUGAAAAGGACCAGGAAAGUAACUGAGUUUGCUGAAGGAGUUCUUUAUUCCUAAUCAAAGCAGUGGACCCCGUCCUCUGGCAGGGAGAGACCUCUGCCUGUGUGUGUGGACGCUGAGUAGCCAUUUAAAAGUGAAGAUGAUCUGCUUUCUUGGUGGGGCAGCAGGGACGCGAGCUCCCAUCCUGUGGCCUGGUAGGAAGAGUAGGGCGAGGACAGGCGGAGCAGCGACCCAGCUACGUCUUCACUGGCCUAUUCACUCUUCCUCGGUGCUAACCCCAGUGCAACAAGUCCUCGUGCAAGCUGCUGGUGAGUGCCUUUGAACGCCUGGCCCGUGGUAUCCCUGGCACUUAAAAUAUAAACGCCAGCAAGUGGUUCUUUAUGUAUUUUGUGGGGAAAAAAGUUCUUUUCUUUUGAUUUUUAAAAAUUUAAUGUUGAUCUUUCAGAAUGGACCAAGGCUUUUAAGAAGGAUUAUAGGACACAUUUAAUUCUGUACAAAACUUUCUGUAAUGCCUUAUUUGAAUGUUAGUAUUAUGUGCUUUCUAAAACUUGAAAACUACUAAUGAAUUAUCACUAGGUUACCAGGCAUACAUGAGUAUUAGUGUACUACAAUAAAAUUAAAUUUGGAA